AUGUCACAAGUAACUUACCUCAACGAUACCCGAUACCCUGGUCCCAGCAUCCACAAAGCUUCAGCAGAGAUAGCUGGUUUACCCACUCAAGAUGAGCUGGACGCGUAUCCUAGGAUGUAUACUUGGGGCGAGCUGAAAGAGGUCAUCGUGAGCGGUCGGCUGGAAAAGCUCAUGAGGAACAAGCAGAUGCAAGUGAGAUACAACAGGUGGAUGAACGGUAUCAGGGAGAAAUAUGGAUCUACAGAGAACUACUUGAAACAAGGCCGACUCCCAUUCCCUCAAUCAGCUGCUGAGCCUACAUAUGAUUCGAAUGUAACCUCAUCUUCCAUCCCUCAUGACUACCUGACGUAUGAUGCUGAAAAGGGCUUUGAUGAGAGUAAAUAUGCUGUGUUGACAAACGAUUGGCCAUAUAAUGUACCCUACGGCGUUAGACAUUUGUGUGUUUGGUCAAAACUCCCCAUCGCCCACAAAUCACUUGUCGAUGACGACUUAGCCUUAUGGACCAAGAUCGAAGAAGAAGGCUUAGGUGGAUUCACCGGUGUGAUACCAUUCACCGCAGCUGAGAAACCUACCCAAACUGCGACGAAUUGUACAACACCGCCUCACCCUUUCGCAUGGGAAGCAACGCAAUUGAGCGAUUAUCAAUCGGAUAGUUGGUUGGCUGUCGAUCUCAUGUUUGGCGGGAAGGAAAUGAGGGAGUGGGCAGGUAAGCAAUAUACUUCGAAAGGUGGUCAGGAAGUCCAGAAGAUGGUAGAGGGUCUAUGGGAUGUGAGAGGUUGGGAAUGCUUGUGGUUCGUCAAUCCUCCUCGAAUCCAAUCUGUUCCUGGCUUAUCCCAUUUCCACGUCUUCGCUCGACGAAAGGCACCCGAAGAGAUCGAUGCUGCCGAGAUGAUAUGGGGUAAAGGGGGUAAACCUGAACAUCAAUAA